AUGUUCAAGGACCUGCAGUCCGAGAACGUGCACGUUAUGCCCGACAGCACUUCCUGCGCGCGCAUGGAGAACAAGACCAACAUGAGGGUCGCUGCCACGGUCGUGGUCAAUGGCCUAGGCCACGGCGUGGUCACGGAGAUCGGCAAGAUUCAGCAGUCGGUGCAGCACGCGUCCAAGGGCGAGAAGAACACGCUGAUAACGGACGACGUCGAGGAGCUGUUAUCCAAGGCCAUCGCCUGCAGCGCCGUCUGGACCAUCAACUACAAGAACGUAUUCGAACUCAUCUACGGCUCAGUGCUGAAGGGUGUUCUUAGAGCAAAAUGA